AUGUCUCGCAACGACAUGGGCCCCCCGGCCAAACGGCAAAAGCCCUCUGGGCACCUCCCACCAGGGCUACGCGACGCCAAACGGAAGGACAUUGAUAAUUGGGAGACUAAUCGAAUGCUCACAUCCGGUGUAGCGCAGCGACGCGAUCACGAAGGCGACUUUACGGUCGAUGAUGAUGAAGCCACUCGAGUGCAUUUACUUGUUCACGACCUCCGGCCGCCUUUCCUCGAUGGCCGCACGAUCUUUACGAAGCAGCUGGAACCGAUAUCCGCUCUGCGAGAUCCACAAAGCGAUAUGGCUGUUUUUAGUCGGAAAGGAAGUAAGGUCGUUCGUGACCGCCGACAGCAGCGUGAAAGACAGAAGCAAGCGCAGGAAGCGACAAACAUGGCUGGCACAGCCCUGGGCAAUCUCAUGGGUGUCAAAGAGGACGAGGGAGACAGUGCAGUCGCUAUGCCUGUCGAAGACACAUACAAAGGAGGGGGCAAUAAAUUUGCCAAGCAUAUGAAGAAGGACGAAGGCGGCGCCAGUGCUUUCAGCAAAAGCAAGACCAUGCGCGAGCAGAGAGAGUAUCUGCCGGCCUUUGCCGUGCGCGAAGAUCUCUUGAGAGUCAUCCGAGACAACCAGGUUGUGAUUGUUGUCGGAGAAACUGGAUCUGGAAAAACCACCCAGUUAACGCAGUUCUUACACGAGGAUGGUUACUCCAAGUACGGAAUGAUUGGGUGCACACAGCCUCGUCGUGUGGCUGCCAUGAGUGUCGCAAAGCGAGUCAGUGAAGAGAUGGAAGUAGAUCUUGGCAGUACUGUUGGAUAUGCUAUCCGUUUUGAAGAUUGCACGAGCAAUGAAACAGUGAUCAAGUACAUGACAGAUGGUGUGCUGCUCCGAGAAUCUUUAGUCCAGACGGAUCUUGACAAAUACUCGUGCAUCAUUAUGGACGAGGCUCACGAACGUGCUCUCAAUACCGAUGUUCUCAUGGGUCUCCUCAAAAAAGUCCUGGCUCGACGCCGGGACUUGAAACUGAUUGUUACUUCCGCAACGAUGAACUCGGAACGCUUUUCUCGCUUCUAUGGUGGCGCUCCGGAGUUUAUCAUUCCCGGUAGAACAUUCCCCGUGGAUCUUCACUUCUCGCGCACGCCCUGUGAAGAUUAUGUCGACAGCGCGGUCAAGCAGGUCCUGGCUAUCCAUGUUUCUCAAGGUCCUGGUGACAUUCUUGUUUUCAUGACCGGACAAGAAGAUAUUGAAGCAACCUGUGAACUAGUCGCUGACCGGUUGAAGUUGCUGAAUGACCCACCCAAGCUCAGCAUCUUACCUAUCUACAGUCAAAUGCCCGCUGAACAGCAGGCCAAAAUCUUCGAAAAGGCCGCACCAGGCGUGCGCAAAGUCAUCGUGGCUACGAAUAUUGCCGAGACCAGUUUGACGGUCGACGGAAUCAUGUACGUUGUGGACGCAGGCUACUCCAAGUUGAAGGUGUACAACCCACGCAUGGGUAUGGACACUCUUCAGAUCACGCCAAUCUCCCAAGCCAACGCCAACCAGCGAUCUGGACGUGCUGGAAGAACUGGGCCCGGUAAGGCCUAUCGUCUGUAUACCGAGACGGCUUACAAGAAUGAGCUGUACAUCCAGACAAUUCCUGAAAUCCAGCGUACUAGUCUAUCGAACACUGUGCUUCUGUUAAAGUCUCUUGGUGUGAAAGACCUUUUGGACUUUGACUUCAUGGAUCCACCUCCACAAGAAACAAUCUCCACGUCUCUCUUCGAGCUCUGGUCACUAGGUGCUCUAGACAAUAUGGGCGAUCUUACACCGCUGGGUCGCCAGAUGACACCUUUCCCAAUGGAUCCCACCCUCGGCAAGCUCAUCAUCAUGGCUGCCCAAGAAUACGAGUGCAGCGAGGAAAUGUUAACCAUUGUCUCGAUGCUUUCGGUCCCAAAUGUCUGGUACCGUCCCAAAGAACGAAUGGAAGAAUCCGACUCAGCCCGCGAGAAAUUCUUCGUCCCAGAAUCCGACCACCUAACCCUCCUCCACGUAUACACCCAGUGGAAAACCAACGGAUUUUCUGACUCGUGGUGUGUCAAGCACUUCCUACACGCCAAAACCCUCCGGCGCGCCAAAGAAGUCCGCGACCAGCUGCAAGAUAUCAUGACAGCCCAGCAAAUGCCCCUCAUCAGCUGCGGCACAGACUGGGACAAUAUCCGCAAAUGCAUCUGCUCAGGCUUCUACCACCAAGCCGCGCGCGUAAAGGGAAUCGGAGAGUUCAUCAACCUCCGCACGAGCGUGACAAUGGCCCUCCACCCCACAAGUGCCCUCUACGGUCUCGGCUACGUGCCCGAGUUCGUCGUUUACCACGAGUUGAUCCUGACUGCCAAAGAAUACAUGUCGACAGUGACAGCCGUCGACCCACACUGGCUCGCCGAGCUGGGCGGUGUAUUCUACUCCGUCAAAGAAAAAGGCUACUCGAAGCGCGACCGCCGCGUCACAGAGCUGGAAUUCAACAAGCGCAUGGAAAUCGAGGCGCAAAUGGCCACGGACCGUGAGCGUGUCGCUGCUGAGAAAUUAGCUGAAGAGGCACGUAACGAUCCGGCGCGGAGGAGGACCGAAAUCGAAGCUGGCGGAAAGACCGCUGUCCGUCGACCUGUAAUCAAACCAAGGGGCAAGAUUGGUGGCUUGACUGCUUCUUCGUCACGGCCUGCUGCUAAUGGGGCUGGCCGGGGUGGUGGGUCUGGUGGGAGUGUUGUUAAGAGGCCUUCUGUGCGGAGGAGACCAGGUGCGUUUUAG